AUGAGGCCGUCAAUUAUCGUUACCCUUGCAUUGUCCAACCUGGUUCAGGCUCUGGAUCUAACUAGCCUCACCCAGUUCUUGAUCCAGCGGGCUGAUGCCGAGUUCCCCACACUGAAGGGAAUGGGUCAGGAUAUCUAUGAUAAUCCUGAGUUAGGCCGCGCAGAGUUCCACGCUCACGACCUCGCUGUGAACCAUUUCUCGUCCUUACACGGCUGGAAGGUCACCCCACACGCCUACAGCCUGGAGACAGCAUACUCAUUCCUCUUUGAACACCGUCCCGAAGGCUUUCACGGCGAACUCAAGACCAUUGGGAUUCUAGCAGAGUACGACGCACUUACGGGGAUCAAUGGCGGAUCAGCACAUGCAUGCGGGCAUAACCUCAUUGCCACAAACGCCUGGACCGUCGGUAUCCUCGCCAGCCAGGCUUUGGUUCACUACAACAUCCCUGGUAUCUUACAAAUUGUCGGCUGUCCCGAUGAAGAGAAUGCUUCAGGCAAACACGACCUUGAGGUUAACGGCGCUUUUGACGGCUUUGAGCUUGCCUUUAUGGCACAUCCGACGUCCGCUAGUUCCGUUCAAGUCAUGGAAGGUCGGAUCAAUUCAUUCUACACCAUGACAGGCGCCACUCACGCCGAGGCUGUGAAGAAGGCGUACAGUGCUAUGGUUACCAUUGACCAGAUCCACGAUGACCUACCUGGCACUGGCUCGACUGCAGUCAGUAUCGCAAACAUCGGCGACUACGCUACCAAUGUCGUUCAGCAGAAUAUAAGCCUUGGUUUUGCUGGAGCUGAAAAGCGCACUGUGCAGCAGAUCGUAUCCGAGCUCCUCGGUAGUGGCAACUUCCCGAAAGUCAACGCUACGAUUACGGAAGACCAAGACGGUGUCGUGCUGGCUGCCCUGGGGCCUGGCGGUCACGCCUCUGAAUCCACCAGAGGUGCACUGGAACUUACCACCGCAACCUUUGAAGCACUCUCUGACGAUUCGUCGAUAACCUAUUUUCUACCUGGCAACACAACGUUUAAACAGUACGAUAUCACCUGUGAUAUGCGCACACGCUAUACGACCGAUUUAGCGCCACUCGCCGAAUUUGUCGACAAGGCUAUAGGGUCUCUAGCGCACGGCGUAUCUCAUGAUAUUGUAUAUCCUUCUCUCGAGAUCAUUCCGUCACUGGCCAACGCCUUUGUCAAUCUGAUUGAGACACCAGAGUAUGGGUUGACCGAUUUCGUCAUCGGUCCGGAUAUCGCUGCCUCUACCGACGCUUCAUGGUGUGAGCUUCCCGUGCUCGACCCUGAAACCCACGAACUUCUUAGUGUAAAGAGAGCUGUUCUGCAUGCAAACUACAGAAUUUGUGAGAAGGUUCCAGGAGCUCUCUGCGCUUUCAAUCACGAGCCUCUGUUUCAUAACGUCUCUGGAACCGACUUCGCUUAUGACCAGACUAAGAUCGUGGCCAGAGCCGAAGCUCAGCUUAUCAUCGAGGCGCUCUCAAAUGACACGUUUUAUGAGGAACUUACUGCACUUGUUGUCUAG